AUGGUCGAGACUCCUGAACAAGUAGCAGCACGACCUAGAACUCUCGAGCAACUAGCUCAAAGCUUUGGCUUAGUUCUUCAAAACCAGCUCAACAACAACCACCAUGGAGACGAUCCGCAAGCUGCAAUGGAGAAAAAGAUUUCCGCCUUGAAACCACCAACCUUUGUUGGUAGAGAUGACCCAUUACUUCUCGAAAGUUGGAUAAGAGAUUUCGAAAAGAUUUUCACGGCCACGGGUACGCUUGAGGCCCAGAAAGUAGACCAUGCAACCUUUUACUUACACGAGGAUGCCGAUACUUGGUGGGAAAGUGUAGGACCCAUUUUUAAAGCUCAAGAGAACUUUAACUGGGAAACGUUUAAGAUAGCGAUUAAGGCUCGAUUCUUCCCUGAGCACAUUCGUAGGCAGAAAUACAAUGAGUUUAGUAGGUUCAACCAGAGCUAUAACAUGAGUGUGCAAGAGUAUGAUCAGAAAUUUAAUGAGUAUGCCCGCUUUUGCCCAACUGUAGUUCCAAAUAAGGGAACUAAAGCUCAGAAGUUUGAAGACGGACAUAAGUUUGAUCUUCAGACUUGA